AUGCGCCACAUUCCCCUGAACUUCACAGCCAUCCUCCGACGGCAUGGACUUUCCGUCGAGCAGAUCCGGCAGGAAGGGAGAUACACUCGAAAGUCUCAACAGACGGUCCUCGACUCGCCGUCGUCCUCGAAGUCGAAGGAGGACUUCCACGUGGCCAUGCAAUUGGCCGCUGAGACGGGUGACCUUGAGCAUAUAGCUGAGCUUGUCGACGAGAUGGCGGACAAAGGCAUCCAGCCGAAGGAAGACACGUACAGCUUAAUCUUCAAA